CUCCCUUGCUCACAGUCCAGCCUCUGUCUAGAGAAGAGGCUCUCAAACAGCCUUAGAUGAUUAUGGAUUUUCUGAGCGAGAAGUUUGCCCUGAAGAGCCAGCCGAGCAAGAACAGUGACUUUUAUAUGGGAGCAGGAGGCAGUUUGGAGCACGUUAUGGAAACUUUGGACAAUGAGUCCUUUUAUAGCAAAACGUCAGGCAGCAAAUGCGUACAGGCCUUCAACCCUCUGCAGAGAGCUGAGCAUCAUGUGAGGCUGGAGAGGACAUCACCCUGCCAGGACAACAGCGUGAACUACGGGAUUACUAAAGUGGAAGGACAGCCUCUUCACACAGAGCUGAGCAGGCCCAUGGACAAUUGCAACAAUCUCAGGAUGUCUCCAGUGAAAGGGCUGCAGGAGAAGGGGGACCUGGAUGAACUUGGUGAUAAGUGUGACAGCAAUGUUUCCAGCAGUAAGAAGAGGAGGCACAGAACAACUUUCACCAGUUUGCAGCUGGAGGAACUUGAGAAAGUAUUCCAGAAAACUCACUACCCUGAUGUCUAUGUAAGAGAACAGCUAGCUCUGAGAACAGAGCUCACUGAGGCCAGAGUCCAGGUUUGGUUUCAGAAUCGAAGAGCAAAAUGGAGAAAAAGAGAACGCUAUGGUCAGAUCCAGCAAGCUAAGAGCCACUUUGCUGCCACCUAUGAUAUAUCUGUUCUUCCAAGGACUGACAGCUACCCUCAGAUUCAGAACAAUCUGUGGGCAGGGAAUGCUGCCAGUGGUUCUGUGGUUACCUCCUGCAUGCUGCCACGAGAUACAUCCUCCUGUAUGACACCUUACUCCCAUUCACCCCGGACAGAUUCUGGCUACACAGGCUUUUCAAACCACCAGAAUCAAUUCAGUCACAUGCCCCUCAAUAAUUUUUUCACUGACUCGUUGCUUUCUGGGGCAACCAAUGGACAUGCUUUUGAAACCAAGCCAGAGUUUGAAAGGAGGUCCUCCAGCAUUGCAGUUCUACGGAUGAAAGCUAAAGAGCAUGCUGCCAAUAUUUCCUGGGCCAUGUAA